CUAAAAAGCAAUCUAAACCUGAAUGAAUGGGAUGACAAGGCAUUCUGGGCAAUAGCAAUGACAGCAUUUUACGGUCUAGCACAAUUAGGGGAACUCCUUCAACAACAAAGCAUGAUCAAAACAAGUUUACAGGUUGACCUCAACAAUCAACCUCCCAGACCUAUUAUUCGUCAAGGCCGAUGGACCUUGGGUAACAAAACGGUACUUCAUCAACAAGCUCAAGCAAGCCCUACCAUAAGAGGACGUUGCCGGCCACAAUUUCAGGGCCGGGGGAACAGCAGAACUGGUCAUGCGGGGUCCAACUCAUAUUAG